UAAAGCUGUAGUUAAGUAUUGACUCCAUUUGCUGCAAGUUGGAGGAGCCCAUGACAGCGUCCGGAGUUCAGCGCAGUUCAUGCUUUUGAUCAAUCAGCACUGAGCACGAGCCUACAUUAAAUGCGUCCCAACUUGGUCAGCAAAGCCUGCUGUUGGUUGGCCGCUGCAUUAUUACGCCAUUCGAAGGGGGACCAUUGACCGUAAGGUUGAUACUUCUUUUCCCCUCAAGACUGGGUCUUUCUUCUCCGUGUAUUCUUCCAUGUUUUCUCAGUCCAUAAGAUUCCAGUUUGAGAUCUUUUAGCUUCAUAGUUUAGUUGGAACGAUAAUAUAUUGAUUUAAUCUCUUCGAUUAUAUUAAGUUCAGAUAGUUCUACUAAGCUAUUGCUAUAUCCAUCAACUGAGACAUGCUGCUUCAUCUGCCUUCCUCAAUUUUUCUUGGUUUGGAAGGUCAUUCACCCCUUCAUACCAAGAUAGUUCAGCAGCAACCAGCAAAAGCCAUGGCCACGUCUUCCCUCGUCACCAUCUUCUCAUUCCUCUUCCUCGUUUCUUCCAACCUUGCUGCGGAUCCUGACAUGCUGCAGGAUAUCUGCGUGGCGGAUCUCAACGCUGGCGUGAGGGUGAAUGGCUUUGCGUGCAAGCCGGCAGCGAACGUGACGGAGGCGGACUUCUUCUUCCAGGGGCUGGCGAAGCCGGGCGCGGCCACCAACACCACCAUGGGCUCCCUGGUCACCGCCGCCAACGUGGAGAAGAUCCCCGGGCUCAACACCCUGGGCGUGUCCAUGUCCCGCGUCGACUACGCCCCCGGCGGGCUGAACCCGCCACACACCCACCCCCGCGCCACCGAGAUUGUCUUCGUGCUCGAGGGCACCCUCGACGUGGGCUUCAUCACCACCGCCAACAAGCUGAUCGCCAAGACCAUCACCAAGGGCGACGUCUUCGUCUUCCCUCGCGGACUCGUACACUUCCAGAAGAACAACGCCGACGUCCCCGCCGCCGCCCUCGCCGCCUUCAACAGCCAGCUCCCAGGCACACAGUCCCUGGCGGCUACCCUCUUCGCCGCCACCCCUUCGGUGCCCGACCACGUCCUCACCAAGGCCUUCCAGAUCGGGACCAAGGAAGUCGAGAAGAUCAAGAGCCGCCUCCAGCCCAAGAAGUGAGAGUUCUCAGUUCUUGGACUCGGCCACUGUGAUUCAUGGUUUGUAUGAAGUUGCUACUUCUAAUUCUUAUUGAGAUUUGAGAGAGUGUAAUAAAGACUGCAACUAUAGCUCCCAAUCAAAGCCUAAUAAUUCAAUGCCCUUUCCUACUCUCUUGUUGAAAUAAUUCUAUCAGAA